UACAUGGCUCCAUGUUAAUGCGCAGAGCUGUAGACACGACGCGUUAAGCGUGGCUAAAUAUAAUUUCCUCGCACUUUCUUUUCACUUCUAAUGAACACAGAUCUUAAGUUGUUUUUUCCGUGUGAAUUCCCGAUUUCCGUGGUUUUUAACCUGAUGACCAUAACGUGUUUGAUGAAUUGCCUGACCGAGAACUGGGUUUUAUAAUUUAUGCAUCUCUCUCACUCAAUCAUUCAUAUUUGUAGCAAAAAUGUUGCAUUCAAAUGAAGUUUAAUGUCUUCCAAAACGUUAGGCAACUAAUCUGAAAUUUAAAGUCGAGUUGUACCGGAAAUGUUUCUUCAGAGGCUCGCGGUAUCAUCUUUCCGUUCGAGAAGGUUUUUUAGUAGUAACAGCGGUAACAAUGAUCUUGCAAGAACUAUUGCUGAGCUUAAUAAGGAAAUGGAAUCGGUAUUUGGUGAACAUCCAGCAAGUGGACCCCCAAGUUUUCCAAAUAACGAUUCUAUGGCUCAAGAACCUCAACUAGCACCUCAAGGAGGCGAAAACGAACUUGUCCUAACUCACAUUGGCAGUACAGGGGAAGCGCAAAUGGUGGAUGUUUCUCCCAAACAAAGCAGUAAGAGAACUGCCAUUUCUAGCGGCAAGGUAAUUCUUGGAAAGCAGGUGUUUGAUUUGGUUGUAGCUAACCAGAUGGCCAAGGGUGACGUCCUUAGCGUGGCGAAAAUUGCUGGAAUAAGUGGAGCAAAGCACACAAGUAAUCUCAUCCCACUAUGCCACAACAUACCACUGACCCAUGUUAGCGUUAAUCUGUCACUAAAUCCGCAGGAUUUCAGCGUGGACAUUGAAGCGGAAGCCAGUUCAACAGGGAAAACAGGGGUUGAAAUGGAAGCAAUGACAGCAGUGAGUGUUGCUGGGCUAACAGUGUAUGAUAUGUGCAAGGCUGCUUCGAAAUCUAUACAGAUCACGGAUAUUCGACUCGAGAGUAAAACUGGUGGGAAGAGUGGGGACUGGUCCAGGGAGGAGUAAUGCUGCAGUGAUGUGUGUGUGCAGAAGAUUAUAGUGCAGGAUGUCACUGUCUGCAACUUAAUGCUUUUGCGCAAGAUGCCACAUUGUAAUGAAAGCACUCCAUUUUUGGGUAACGUGGAGUAUGAAUUGGGUAUCUUUCGUUUCUCAAGAGAAAGCUAGUUGUGAGUUGUGACCAAACAAAAUGGAAAAAAUAAAUGGCUAGCUGCAAUGCUUUUGGCUCAUUAUUGUAAGGAGUCAUUCACGAAUCAGAGUUUGAUGUAUGUGCAUAAGUUUUUUCAAUGGUGGUUUUAAUGAGGUAUUUUUAUUUGGCU